AAACUCAUUCAAACAUUCUCUUGAUCUUCAUUACAAAAUAUUAUAAACAAACAAUUAUUCUCGUUUUCUUAGCCAGGAAAAACAAUUAACCACCCUUUGUUUGUUAAUAUAAUUAACAAGUGAUCAUAAAAGAGAUUUCAUGGCAGCCAUUCAAUCUUCAAGUUUCUUGUGUAGCCAGAGAGGAAUUACAAAGGCUGCGAUAAAUAUUCCGAAAGUAAAUUUAAAUUCGGUUGCUCUGCCGAAACUUAAGAAUGCAAGAGUCUUUGUGCAAGACGUGGAGGUGAAGAGAAGCCAUGGUUACACCAGAACCAUCACUGAAAAAUCUGCUCAUGCUUGUGAUCCAGUUGUGAUGGAGAAACUUUACGCGAUCAUGGACGCUGUGGCGGAUAGAGUUGAGAUGCAUAAGAACAUUUGUGCCCAGAGAGCUAAUUGGAAUAGCCUUCUUUUAACAUCUAUCAAUACGAUUACUCUUUCUGCUGCCACAAUGGCUGGCAUUGCGGCGACUAGUACAAUUGGUUGUCCUGUUUUGGCAUUAAAAGUCUCCUCAACUUUGAUGUACUUGGCAGCCACAGGCAUGCUGGUGAUCAUGAACAAGAUUCAGCCGUCUCAAUUGGCUGAAGAGCAAAGAAACGCGACAAGAUUGUGUAAGCUGCUUCAUAACCAGAUUCAGACCAUGAUUGCUAUUGGGAAUCCAACAGCUCAUGAUGUUGAUGAAGCAAUGGAGAAAGUGUUGGCCAUUGAUAAAGCCUUUCCACUUCCACUACUUGGUAAAAUGAUCGAGAAGUUUCCGUCUUCUGUGGAGCCAACCGUGUGGUGGCCUAAGCAUAAAAGAGGCCAAGCUCAAGGGAUUCAAAGAAGUAAUGGGAAUGGAUGGAGUGAAAAAAUGGAAGAGGAAAUGAGAGAAAUUGUUAGUGUGGUGAACAAGAAUGAUAAGGCUGAUUACUUAAGGUUAGGAGAAAAGGCCUUAAAGAUAAACAAGGUGAUGGCAGUGGCUGGGCCUUUAUUAACAGGUUUAGCUGCUGUUGGGAGUGCCUUUGUGGGGAGUCCUUCCCAUGGCUCGUGGGCCGCGGUGCUUGGUGUUGCAGCCGGAGCUUUGGCUAGUGUGGUGAACUCAUUGGAGCAUGGUGGUCAAGUAGGGAUGGUGGUGGAGUUGUACAGAAGUAAUGCAGGAUUCUUCAAGCAAAUGGAGGAAGACAUUGAGUUCACCUUGAGUGAAACAGAUGUAGAUAGAAGAGAAAAUGGAGAGUUGUUUGAGAUGAAGGUGGCUUUGAAUCUUGGGAGAAGCCUUUCAGAAUUAAGAGAUCUUGCAACUAGUUCCAGGAGAUCAAAAGGAGAUGAUUUUGAAGAGUUUGGAAGCAAGCUAUUCUAAAAAUAAAGUCAGUAACUAUGGAACACCCUAAUUAAUUAGCUAGAGCCUUGUGAUUAAUCUUGUGUUUGUGUAGCAAAUCACAGAUUGUAUAUUGUGUAGAGAUCAUAUUUGUUCAUUGAUUACCAUCUAUUAACUCAUUCUUUUAUUGAAUAUAUCAUAUCCCUCGUAUAUAUCAACUUCACGAAGAUCAGUACAUAAGUAUUGUAUGUAGUGCAAUCCCAG